GGCGCGCAGAUUGGCGCUGCUUUCCGUAGUGCGCGCAUCUCUCUCGCGGCUCGAGUCCCGGCACGUUUUUGGCGCCGUCACCCCUCGUCGGACAACCGAGGAUACAAACACCGGAGAACCAGCACGCCUCGCGGAGGAUGACGCGCCGCCGUAUCGUUUCGGGCUCCAUCAACUGGCGCUCCUACUGCUGCUGGACAACGCUCGCGCUCUGCCAUGUGAUCGGCUUCGCCGGAUUGUGCGAGUGCCUGCGGCUGGUGCGGCUGGAUAUGCCUAGCGCGGUCAUCAGGGGCGACCCCUUGUGGCUCAACUGCUCGUUCGACCUGGAGUCGGACGACUUGUACUCGGUCAAGUGGUACAAGAACCAUCGCGAGUUCUUCCGCUUUCUUCCGAGCGAGAACCCGCCGGGACAGGCCUACAAACUGUCGGGAGUCUACGUGGACACAAGCCGGACCUCUGUGGGGAGGCUGUUCCUCAAGGAGACGGACUUGAAGUCGGAGGGCCUCUACGCCUGCGAGGUGUCGGCCGAUGCACCUUCCUUCCAGACAGUGCGUUCCGAAAAGGAGCUCAAAGUAUACGUGCUACCCAAGAAAGGCCCCGAGAUCCGCGGCACAAAGCCUCACUAUAGGGUCGGGGACUUGGUCAACGUGACCUGCCACGCGGGGGCAACAAAGCCACCGGCGGUGCUCACGUGGUACAUUAACGGCGAAGAGGUUCCCCCGCAGUACGAGAAGAUGUAUCCCAUCUUCCGCGACCGGGAGCAGCUGUACCACUCUUCGCUGGGAAUCACCUUCACGGCCGAGCCACGCCACUUCAGCUACGGCAUUAUGAAACUCAAGUGCACGGCAACAGUGUCCGAGGCUUACUCGCUGUCCAGCGAGGAGAUCGUCGCAGCUCAAGACGCCAAAAACACAGGCACAGACGACGACAAGCCUUCUAUAACAGGUGGGCAGGCGAGCUACCACGUGGGUGACCUUGUGAACGUCACGUGCAGUUAUUCGCGUUACGGGCGUCCCGUCGACCUGCAGUGGCACCUCAACGAUAAAGAGGUGUCGAACCGGUACCUGGUCCACUACCCGAUGCAACGGCACGACUCUGGCCGCCAGGUGACGUCGCUGGGCCUCCGGUUCACGGUGAGGCCGAGCCACUUCUUGCACGACGAGAUGCGCAUCAAGUGUACGGCCACGCUUCAGAACGGCGGGAGGGGCACGCCGUUUACGUCAUCCUCGUCGCCUGGCGACGCGUACUCCGAGAAGGAGUUUGUGCUGGGCAGCAGCCAUCGGUCGUCGGGGCUCCACGUCCCGGGACACUACGGCGCCGUUGCUGGCUCGAACACUUCAUCGCGGCCAGUGUUCCUCUCCAUCCUCCUGCGAGGCUCAGCGAUCGCGUUCGUCAUCAUGUGUGCUGUUCGAUGAGCAGCGUGGAUCGAUCGUAAUUUGGAAUUCAGUGGUGUCGUUGGCGCGUCUCCCGUAACACCAUUUGACCCAGUUUGGUUGUCGUCUGCGAUAAUCAAGCAUCGGCGCCCUACUUUUUUGUUUCCUUCUUCACCUGCCGACUUCAUUUGUGCUGUUCUUUUGGGACUGAGCAAUGAUGUACAUAAUUCAGUGCCUUUCAUUCACGUCCUUACUCAGAUUGUUGACAAAGAGAGCAUAUGCUAUGCGGUUGUUAUACCGCUCAUGUUCGUGUGUGUGUGUGUGCGUAUACGUGUGCGUGAACAAGGUGAAAUGAUGGAGCUGAGUGAAAACACUUACGUAUGAACAACGUUGUCACAUAGGCUUAAGAAGACUGUACAUUACCAAUGUACUGAAGUAUAGAAGACGGUGUCGUUGACUUGAAUAGACAGAUAUAUAUGACGCUCGUUUGCGCGCGAUUGGUCGUGUGGUGUUUCAAGGUUUCGGAUACCAUUGUUUGAGUAUAGCAGACUAGUCCUUUUAUUCGAGUUGUUUUACGUGUUUUUUUCUUUUGGAAGCUUGUGAGGAACAAUUCGGUACAUUGGGAAGGAACGGAGGGCCCAUAUUUGCAACAAUUCUUACACUAGAACUGCUUGCAAAAGCGUUGUGAGUUUCACCCCAGCUCCUGUUUAAUCAUGUACAUAAGAGUGUUUUCAAGGUGUCUCCUUCCUAUACUAUUAUUAAAGGAAAUUAGAAAAACCGUCUGGUUUAACUUUACCCUUUCUGUGUGAGUCAGCCAAUACCGUUGACGACGAAAGGUAACCGUACAACUAUGAGAGUGUAACAUAUACAGGUGGCAUGUGGUGAAACUUAUCAGUAGGGUUCAACUGAAAGAAAUUUAAUUUAUUGUAUGAAUGAACACAAAAGUAAUGAAAAACGUAAGAUGUGGUUUUUUUGGCGUAGGAUUCAGUCAGCAGAUUAACUUUGCAUGUCUAAGAGGUGGGAUUGCUCGCCUGUGUGUUCCUUAUUUGAGUGUUCUAUAUAUUAGUGUAGAGAGACCAACCUCCUUCCUUUGAAAAACUUCCUGUGAAGAAGUAUGUCUGCGUGUCAUGAGAAGCUAUUAGGGGCAGAAAGUCACGCUGUUUGUAUAACCAGUGAACAAUUUCGCAACAACUGAUCUUGGAGAUUUUAGAAAAAAAGUCUAAGAACAAGGCGCGCAUGUGCCGUUGGGUGUGUGGUGCAUUUUUGUGUGCUUGUUUUCGUUAUAUUUUUGUCCAAGGACGCGAAAUGCGCACUCCUGCUUCAAUUAGCUCCUCACAUUUUUUUUUACUUGCAGUGUAGUGGUGAUUGCUGUUAUUCGCACUUGCUUGGCUCACGUAUUUGUAAUCGCACUCUCAUACUAUUUUUACAGGGAAGCAUCGCGCCCCUGUAGCAUUAACUAGUAAACGAGCACCCUAAGCUACUCGAAAGAACUUUCAUGCACACAAAGCCAUGAACAGUCAUUUGUGGGCUUUUGAGUACCACCAUAUCGCAGCCUGUUGAAUUAGUGCGUAACAUAACUGAAGAAUAAUAAAAACGGCGCAGAAAUACAUAUCUCAGAGGGACAUGCGAACAAGCGAUUCUACUCAUCCAUCUAUUGGUUGUGUGUGCGUAUAGUAUCCAUGGAUUCUUCACAUUCGAAUAUUUACGAAUAAGUAUUUCAAAGGCAUCUAUUAUGAGCCGCGCAUGACGGGGGCGCAGCAUAGCAGUGCAAUUAAUAGCCAACAUAACGAUGCUCUUAGGAACAACGUUGAUGUAGAUCAACGAUCGUUAAGAAUGAAACAAUUCCUACCUUGCUUACAAGUCCCUCAGCAUAUUGUAUGCAUGCGAAUAAAUUAUGAUGGUUAUCUAGGCCUGACCAAUCUCUGCUCAUUAUGAAACCUCAAGCAGCCUGUAUCAAAAUGACGUUUCUAAGUAAAUUUUUGUUGAGAGCGGCUAUUUUGAAUAAUUAAAAAAAAGGUACAGAUUUUCGAAGAGCACACAGAUGGUGUUUCAGCAAGGCCAGGCCUACCAAAUGCAUAAGGCAAUCCGACUAGGGCGAUAACGCAGGCGUUAUCCAUAGUAUGUUAUUAAAUCUAAUUGUAGUUCUUCGCCAUUGAUUUUUUCAAUUUUCAGUUGAUACUAAAUGUCGCUGAAGGUUGCGAGCAUUACGGGUGAUACAAUGAUUCACUGAUUCGGUUCAGUUCUGCUAUCUACAUUCCAAUAUUUGUAGCUACAAACAGAUAAGCCCGAAAGACUGUGGAAUCUCGUUUAUACGAUUCUGCAUAAUACGUUUCUUCUGCGUUUUUUUUUUCCAGGUCAGCUUACUGGUAGGAGCAAUGUAUAUUCAUACGGUUAUUGCUAUCGCCUUUUCACCUGAAAUUGGAUAAUGCGACUGCAGAAGUGGACCUUUACUGGUAUAUUUACAUUCAUAUCUUUAUACUCCAUUGUGCCAGCUUAAAUAACAUUCCAAAGAUCGACGAUCAACGCGUUAACCGCAGCCACACUGGAGAAAAAACGGACGCAGCGUGCCACCGGCGGUAAAACGCUGCUGCGGCAGUGCGGCUACACCUACCAGCGGUGCAUCGCUGCUCAGUUGAGUGAGCAGACGAGUGAACAGACGAGUGUGCAGACGAGUGAGCAGACAAGUGUGCAGACGAGUGAGCAGACGAGUGAACAGACGGCUCACAGCUUCUUGUGAUGCGAAAGCAGACGGCUUACUCAGUUGAGUGAGCUCCUGUGAUGUGAAAGCGUCAAGUUGCUCAUUGAGCGAAAAAUCCGGUGUCCGGUGUCUGUAACCUCCAAACUGCCCCUAAAUUCCCAUUGGCUGCGACACCACCUCACGAGCACGCCUCGACGGAUUUGCGAUUGGCUGCGACUCCAUGGUAAGAGUGCACCUCGACGGAGCAGAGCGUGCGGAAGGGAACACCUGCUGUUGUAGUAGUGCGCCAGGUGUUGCGUGUGGGGAGUGGGCCUCGCCGCGAAGCCACAUCACCCUCGCUCUCGUUCUCGGAAGCCUGUGUUACCCUGCGUUCCUAGACCGCGUAAAUUCUCGCCUCCAUUCUUACUGUGCGUGGGUUAGGCUAAAUCAAAACGCGCCAAGCGUCUCGGUACCCUCGCUUGGCCGCGAGGAAUACAAACCUCGAAGUAACGCUCAGUUGUGUUCAAUUGGACAUUCAUGCUUCCGCAUUCACAACUAAUAAGAAGUGCUUAGGUGUCCUCGAAUUUUUUUGCUUUGAAAGAACUUCCUUGAGGACACAGAAAAUAAGGAAGUUCAGCGCAAAUUUCUACGUUGCUUAAUAAAAGUGCAUUAGUGCAUGGUUCGUGUGGCGUCGUGUAAUGCUGUUCCGCAUAACGUGUUGUGCGGAAGAGCAUCACUUGACGCCACACGAACCUUUUCAAUUGAGUUUGUCCCCGAGUACGCAUAUCUUCAUACGUUGUUGACCUUUCUUUGGGUAAUACGAUUUUCGGAUGACUCGUUUCAUUUUCUGGUUCCCGUGAAGAUUGUAUCAACGAGCUUCCACUGUACUUAGUUCAACUUCUUUUUUUAAAAAAUAGCACUAUAACGAACUAUAAUUCGAGGUCUAAUUACAAAAUGUAGGUCGGCCGAGUGAUAAAAACGGGGCCUGUCGACAACUUACUUUACAACGCACACUGCAAGUUAAGAAAAUAAAAAUUAAGAAAAAACGUAACAUCGCUAAACAAGUGCAGAAAAUCAAAAUGCAUAGCCCAGCGUCUAACUUAGUUGACUUGUCACUAGUCAGAGAAUCGACCUGCCAAGCAAGCCUUAAGUAGCAGGUGCUAAUUUGGGAGUGGCAACUUCUUCCUAUGGGUUGAACAGUGUGACGUUAUCAAUUGACGAUGCUUUUUCGCGUAUCCGAAAGAUGUGUAAAGGUUUCCUGCGCGUGGUCAUGUUUUAAACGGUUCUCACUAGCGCACGCACUUAUCUGAUAAGCUACACACAUUAGUAUGUCAUGUCCGAGUGCCAGAUUAAAACCACCUUACAGUGGCGUCUGUAUAUACACGCACACCUGUAAAUACACUUUCGCUCAUCCACGAAUAUUGUGACGUCACGAAUGGUAAAUAUUGCUGGUUAGAGUCCAUUAAAUGCUCCAUAGCUCUUGCCCCUUGUUGUACGACUGUCGGGAUAUUUCGAGCCUCAAUCGUUGUUAAAGUCACGGAACCCUAGGGCCGUAUAACGUAAAUUUUCUUUUCAAGUUCCAUUAUUUGGGGUCCCUCGUCAUUGUCUAGCAUGACGUCACGCCUUCGUUAUCGCCUGUAUUGACAACUCGCUGCGAAGGGUAAAAAUAAUUUAUUAGAAUAAAAAGAAUCCUUACAAAAUACGGCCCCUACUUACCUUGUCGAAUAAAUGCUAGGUGCCCUAAAAGUGUCAUAGAACGAUAUCAUGUAUUAUGUUGGGUAAAUUAAGUGAAUGAUCUUAAAGCCCUAUAAUAUAUGGUAUUACAUUAUGUAGGAAUACAUACAUACAUACAUACAUACAUACAUACAUACAUACAUACAUACAUACAUACAUACAUACAUACAUACAUACAUACAUACAUAUAUACAUACAUACAUACAUACAUACAUACAUACAUACAUACAUACAUACAUACAUACAUACAUACAUACAUACAUACAUACAUACAUACAUACAUACAUGUAUGUUUAUUAAGGAAGUAGGGACGUGGCAGGGCUUCCUACAUUAAUUUUCCCCCAUGAGCGUGACCUCUCCGAUUUACGCUUCGCUAUCGGAUGCAGCAGUUGUUUCUGAUUGGAUCAACCAGCUACAAUUAAUUCCUCAUGUAAUAAAAACAGUUGUGAGCAACUGCUCGCAUUGCUGGCAUUUGGAAAGAGGAAGUGGCAUGCUGUCACAUAUGGCUGCUCUGUCAACGAUAUAACAUGGCGCUACGUUUCUCUCUUUCUAUCUUUGUGCAAAUACAAUUUGCGCACAUUGAUUCUUUGCGCUUGCUUUCUGUGGAACACGAUUUACAACGCGUUCUGUGCAUAUGACAGAAGCAGUAUAGAAUGUCGUUAUUUUAUCUUAUUCUGUUCCUUUUGAAAAUAAACGAUUUUUCCGACCAACCCCGGAAAGAGUAUUGCUGCGAUCAUAAUGCAUUUCUCAUAUGGCCACAGAAGUCAUUAAAUGUAUGAAUGUGAAUGAGAAUAAAAAAUAUCUUAAUUUGUUUCGAUUGA